CUGGAUUAUUAAUGCCCUAGCCUCCAAAUAUGUAGCAGCACGUUUAUAUUCCCCCAGUUGUGAAAAAUAUAUCACGUCAAACACCAACAUCAUAUUUGUUGUUUGAAUCUGUUAAACUCAACAACAUGGCUGUCGUACACGCAGGUCCCAACGACUCCUGGCAUGGGGAAAUCAAGUCUGGUAGCCAGUUCCCUCCCGAAGCUGGCCGCUAUCAUCUCUACGUUGGACUCUUUUGCCCAUUUGCGCAUCGCGCGCUCCUAGUGAGAUCCCUCAAGGGAUUGGAAUCUCUCAUCGAUGUGUCGGUUGUGAAGCCGUAUCCAAAGGGUGACGACAAUGGAUGGCCGGGCUGGCGAUUUCCUGCUUCAAACGACGAGUACCCCGGAGCGACAGUGGACAAACUGUUUCAGUCCGAGUACAUGCAUGACGUCUACUUCAAAUCAGAUGCCGAUUACAAAGGACGAUACAGCGUCCCGGUCCUGUGGGAUACGAAAACCGGGACCAUUGUGAACAAUGAAAGCGCCGAGUUGCUGCGCUGGCUUCCAAAUGCGUUUAACGAUGUACUACCACAGGAUGGACAAAAGUCUGAACCUGAUCUCUAUCCGACGCAUUUGAGAAGCGAGAUUGAUGAAAUUACUGAGUGGAUGCAGAGAGAUCUAAACUCGGGAGUGUACAAAGCUGGAUUUGCGGAGACCCAGGAAGCCUACAAUGAGGGUGUGAUUACUGUUUUCGCGGCCUUGAAUCACCUUGAAACCCUGAUCCAUCGCAACGGAGGACCUUACAUCCUAGGCAAACACCUCACUGAACUCGACAUUAGGGCGUACGCCACAAUCAUCAGAUUCGACGCUGUCUAUGUUCAGCACUUCAAAUGCAAUCUAGGGACGAUUCGCGCAAAUUACCCCGUUAUUCACGAAUGGCUGAAGAAUCUCUACUGGAACGUGAAGGGAUUUAAAGAGACGACGGAUUUUAAACACGUCAAAGAGAACUACACAAAGAGUCAUGCAAAGAUCAAUCCGUUAGCAAUUACUCCCUUGGGGCCGUUCCCUGAUGUGGAAGAAGGCAUUGACUUGGACUUUGCCCAUCUUAAGCCGGGAUCCGUGAAGUAUCCGAUCGUGCUUGAGAGACAGGCCGAAUUAUACGCUUAGAUGGCAUGUUUAAGGCAGAUGAAGAAUUUUUUGGCAUAAUCCGGGGCUAUAAUACACCUUGCUCUUUUCUAUAUCUACAAGUACCAUAGUUUAUCAACCAAGGAUAUUAGAUCAUGGCCUUCCCAUGGCACGCUCAAUCUCUUUCAGUGCUGCGAGGACCUUUUCGUCGUACUGCCGUCUUCCAACAAUCUGCAGACUCACCGGUGCAUUAACAUACUUCUCUGGGCUGUACAUCUGAUACACAAAUCGGUCCUUCUCGUUC